AUGGAUAAGUGGAUAAAAGUUUUUAUUCUUUCAUUUUUCAUAUCAAUUCUGUUCCUAGUAAUAGUAUACUAUAUUCCUGCUGGCAGAGAAUCAUUACAGAGAAUUAAUGUAGAUAAUUUAGAUGAACCAAUCGAAAAUUAUGAUCGUGCAAAUAUUACUGGGUUCGUUGAUCCUCUUAUCGGAACCGCUAAAGACGGACAUGUAUUCCCCGGCCCCUGCCUUCCGUUUGGUGUUGUUAAAGUAGGAUUCGACGUGGAAG